AUGCCUUGGCUGUCAGCUACAGACGUGAUCAACAUGGAGACGAUCUACAUGUUCAACCCCAUCGUUAUGAGCCGACUGUCGGACCUGCUACAGCAGGGUGUCGUGAUGAAGCGCAAAUUCCAACCAUACGAGGCUCACCUGCAGUACCUUUUGCAGUUCAUGACAGACUACAAUCUUUACGGCUGCGACUAUCUCGAUACACGAAAAACACGUUUCAGAGCCCCGGUUCCUGAUCGUGAUGAUGGUGUUCACUCCUCUCACAUUUGGCACAGUCAGUCUGUGGACCCCGACCAGGUUACCGACGACCCUGCCCUGCCCAGAGUCAGCCACUGCUCAAUCGAAGUAGACAUAUGUGUACAGGACAUACUGAACCGCCAGCUCAUUCAAGAGCGGCCUAUUCACCAUGAUUUCACCGAGCGCGCCAACCCUUUGCACAGCGAUGUCAAACUCGUAUCGAGCAUGGCGGGGCUGUGGAAGGAUGAGACAAAACGGCGGCAGGUACGGGCAGGCAUCGCGAAGAAAGGCAGUACGCCAUUCCCUCCCGAGGUCUUGGUCACCAUGUCAGCCGACCCACGCCAGUCACAGCCAACGGGGUGGGUUCAUGAAGACGAGUAUCGCGAUCUUAUCAAAUCUUUGAUUGGGAAGGAGAAGGAAAGCUUAGGGGGACAAGUUUCCUUCGACAAUUUUGCCCACACGCUGAGCAACGGGGCCGAGAUCAGGACGGCGUUCCAGUCGGUAGAAGAUCUCUAUCCCGCAAACCUGCUGCCAUUGCUCGGUCUCCCAGCCAAAGAUGCAAACGAUCAGCUAGACCCAACCGGAAGCAUCGAAGUCGAUGAACGGAAAGUAGUCCGGGCGAGAACCGGCGAUGAAGACUUCUUCCCAGAAGAUUCAGAUGAGGAGGCUUUACGAGAUUUGGUUCCCCACGGCUCCGGUCAUGGAGAUGUUGAAGAAGAUCUUGUGGCGGCGGCUGCUUCUGCUUCUGCUUCAAGCGGAAACAAAGCUCUGGGUGAGAACAUCAAAGGGGUCUGCGCCAGUGCUUUCAAAACCGGCAGGAUUCCCAAAAUCCCGGUAUGCCAGGAGCUCCUCGACAUUGCGGAGGAUGAAGGCUUGGUGGGACGAAUCCGUGCAACUGGCGACGGUGUGUCGUCAAUGACGCCUGCACAAAAACGCAAGGGGUCUUUUACCAUGACGGCCUCUGCCUCCAAGAGAAUCAGGCCAACUCCUGUCACACCAACUCCUGGAUUCGCUACAGUACCUAGACCCAGCCAGAGCACUGGUUUGAAUAAGCAGUCGUUCAAUGAAAGGAGCAUGGGUGGCUCUGACCUUGAACACAGCUCCAGGACUCCGCAGAAACCUCGUCAGUCUGGAAUGGCGACUACUGGGAGACUGGAUUUCGCCGUUGUCAAGGAUCCAUUAGAAAACCUGCCCAAAUCGCAGAGCAGCCACGCCAGUCUCACCACGCCUUCUAAGAGCGACGAUGCUACUCCACGAAAAACUGUAACCUUUGAUCCACCAAGCUCAUUCGCUGAUUUGGGGUCAGCGUCAUCUUACGGGCUGCCAUCAUCCUUCCAACAACUAGACGGCAAGCAAGCGCAAGGUCACCUAGAGAAGUUACAGCGGACCCUUGCGAGCGCUGCCAACGGAUCCCAGCUGUUUGUAUUUGCUCAGAGCCCGCCCGAGCAUACGUCAGCUAAUUUGACCGCACUGGACCAUCGCCUACCGGAUGUUGUCUACAAAGAAGCCCAUUACAGUAAAGAGGCAGAUGUUCCAUCGCGGGCACGGGAGUACGCAGGGCGCGAAUUCAAGCUAGAGGGCAGUACCCUGCCAUUUCUGCCUGACUUUGACCCAAGUGGGCUCACCAUUGGGGUACAUUCUGGAAAAAGAGAUGAGCCCACGGACCAAGCCUCGACGAAGCUUGCGUACGAGCGCCAAAGAAAGAAAUGCACGUUGCGGAAUUGGGAGUUUGCAGAACCGCCUCCAACAUACGACGAGGUGGCACAGUGGUGGGACGAAAAGGGUGCUACGGCGGCGGCGCGACAGAAGCAAAAGCAUAACAAAGUCCUAUCAACACAGAGACGCUACUUGUCUCAAAUCGAGGGCCCUACGCCGAGGACCAAGCAUGGCCUCUUGUAUACGCAGAAGAAGAAGUCGACUAGUGUGCAGCAUGAGGUUCAGUACAUGAGCACCAUGAGUAUGGAGAUCCAUGUGAACACCAGGGGUAAAUUUGUGCCAAACCCUGAAGAAGAUGAGGUACAAUGCAUCUUCUGGUCGAUCAAAUCGGACGAGGUCGCAGCCAACAGCCAAGAUGCGGCCGACGGCACAGAGUCUGGCAUGAUUGUCUUUUGCGAAGGCGGUGACUUGAUACGGCGCAUCCAGCAGCAGUGCAAUGGGGAGGUUGUCCAUGAAAAGAGCGAGCUUGACCUGAUGGUCCGCAUGGUGGAAAUUGUGCGAACCCAUGACCCGGAUGUUUUGACAGGGUACGAGGUCCACGGGAGCUCAUGGGGCUUUCUGAUUGAGAGAGCUCGCCUCAAGUAUGAUUACAACCUCUGCGAUGAGUUUUCCCGAGUGAAGACAGAGUCGCACGGCAGAUUCGGGAAGGACGCAGAUCGCUGGGGCUUCACGACAACGUCGACCAUUCGUGUCACUGGUCGACACAUGAUCAACAUUUGGCGUGCUAUGCGCGGUGAGCUGAACCUGCUCCAGUACACGAUGGAGAACGUGGUCUGGCAUACUUUGCAUCGCCGAAUCCCCCAUUAUUCAUGGAAAACGCUCUCCAGCUGGUACGUCAGCGGCAAACCCCGGGACUUGGCCAAACUACUUGGAUACUACCAAACUCGAACCAAGCUUGACAUGCAGAUUCUUGAGGCGAAUGAGUUGAUCCCCCGGACCAGUGAGCAGGCUAGGCUUCUUGGCGUGGACUUCUUCUCGGUCUUCUCGCGCGGGUCGCAGUACAAGGUCGAGUCCAUCAUGUUCAGGAUAGCGAAGCCGGAGAACUUCUUGUUAGUGUCACCUAGUCGGAAGCAGGUUGGAGGGCAGAAUGCGCUGGAAUGUCUGCCUCUCGUCAUGGAACCGCAGAGUGCCUUUUACAGCAGUCCCUUGCUCGUACUUGACUUUCAGAGUCUGUACCCAAGUGUCAUGAUUGCCUACAACUUAUGCUAUUCGACCUUCUUGGGGCGCAUUACCAACUGGCGUGGCAUGAGCAAGAUGGGCUUCGCCGAGUACAAACGGCAACAAGGCCUGUUGGCCUUGCUGGAAGAUUACAUCAACAUUACGCCAAACGGGAUGAUGUACGUCAAAACGGAGAUUCGCAAAUCGCUGCUUGCGAAGAUGCUUACGGAGAUUCUGGAAACGCGCGUGAUGGUCAAGAGCGGCAUGAAACAAGACAAGGAUGACAAGACCCUACAGAAGCUCCUCAACAACCGACAGCUUGCCCUCAAAUUACUGGCCAACGUCACUUACGGCUACACGUCCGCUUCUUUCUCAGGCCGAAUGCCGUGCUCUGAAAUUGCGGACAGUAUCGUGCAAACGGGACGUGAAACCCUCGAACGUGCGAUUGCCUACAUACACUCGGUAGAGAAGUGGGGGGCUGAGGUUGUCUAUGGUGACACGGACAGCCUAUUCGUAUACCUGAAAGGUAAGACGCGCGAUGAAGCAUUCGACAUUGGCCGCGAAAUGGCUAUGCAGAUUACCGACAUGAAUCCCCGCCCUGUCAAGCUCAAAUUCGAAAAGGUGUACCACCCGUGUGUCCUGCUUGCCAAGAAACGAUACGUUGGCUACAAAUACGAGAGUAAGGACCAGGUCAGGCCCGAGUUUGACGCCAAGGGUAUCGAGACUGUUCGUCGUGACGGCACGCCGGCCGAGCAGAAGAUUGAGGAGAAGGCAUUGCAGUUAUUGUUCGAGACGGCCGAUCUGAGCCAGAUCAAGGAGUACUUCCAAAAGCAGUGCGAGAAGAUCAUGCGUGGUACAGUCUCCGUCCAGGACUUCUGUUUUGCUAAAGAGGUCCGCCUGGGGACGUACUCGGACAAGGGGCUGCCCCCGGCUGGCGCCCUCAUCAGCACAAAGCGGAUGCUGGAGGAUGCACGGGCCGAGCCGCAGUACGGCGAGCGAGUGCCGUACGUCGUGAUCACGGGAGCACCAGGGGCACGUCUCAUUGAUCGAUGCGUCGCACCUGAAGAGCUACUCCGCAACCCCCACUGGCAGCUGGACGCUGAGUACUACAUCUCCAAGAACCUCAUACCACCACUGGAGCGAAUUUUUAACUUGGUCGGGGCGAACGUGCGUGGCUGGUACGAUGCGAUGCCCAAGAUCCAGCGAAUCCACCAACACGGGGGUGGCCUGCGCAAGGCCACGUUGGAAUCCUACAUGAAGAGCACGCACUGCGUCGUCUGUUUUUGCAGAGGAUGCUCGGGUCUGGGGGCCUUGGAGGAUGUCGCUUGCGACAGCAAAGAUUGCCCAGUGUUUUGGACACGCAUGAGACAGCUGGGCAAGGUCAAGCAAGAAAGGGCUGUGGCGGAACCUGUCAUGAAGGGGUUGAUGGAAGGGGUUGAUCGAUUAGCGCUGGAUUGUCGACGCCCUGGCCUAUUGGAAUUCGAGAGUGUAGCUUCUUUGAUCGAGUAUUUGGGCCGGUUCCUACCGCUGUCCUCCUACGGUCGAGAUAAAUUCUUUUCCCUACUUGAGUCUAAUUCUUCCGAGGCUCCCAAUGAGCUCGUUCGAUUGUGCGAUCCCCUUGUGGGCAAGGCCAAGGAUGAUUCCCCCGAAGAAGCAAUCGGCCACCUGUUGCACGGCAACCCAUACCGGGACAGGAAGGUCGUUCUCAGCGAGCCUCUGAUCAAGUCAGGAGAAAUCACGAUGCCUGAGGUUGUGCAGCCUGCCGCAAUUCCGGAGCUCUGGCUGCAGGAAGUUCAAAUCGCGUCCAAGGAAGCGUCAUCGCGAAACGCUCCCCUGGUUCUGCUGAUUUUCUGCCAUGGUGCCCCGGGUACGACCUUGGAGCUCAACUAUCACUGCCCAGAUCUGAAAGUUGGGAAGAGCAGCGCUGAUCGAGCUUCCUAUGUGGUGACCGCGAAGCAACUACUCAAGACCCUGGAUCCGGACUGCCGCACCACAAUCCUGUCCACAGCUUGCUUUUCGGGCUCUUGGCUGGUGGACAUGUUGCGCGAAGUUGGGGGGUUUGACCCCAAUGGUCAGGAAGUGGUCAACACAACCAUGCUGUCGGCUGCUGACUAUAAAAGCGAGUCUCUGGCAUGGCCGGAAUCGACCUCCCUCGGUCGUUCUUGCGGCUCGAUAUUUGCGAGCUCUGUGAUCAACCAUCUGACAUCCUCAGAUAAUCUAUACCUCGCAGACACGGAAAAAUCAGACACCCAUGAGCGUCUUCAACCCGCCAAACCCUCGGAAGAACAAAUUGAGACCUACAAUAGCUACUGUCGCUCGAUUACGGACAGUGUGUCUGCAAUCAACAGGCACGGAAUUUUCCACAACUUCACAUUCUCGACUCGCAAUGACCAGUGGAAGUUGUCGUGGCCUGACCUUGUUGGCUUGGAGCCACUGCAGAACACCUUUCAGAAACGCUGGCAGGCAUUGGAGACAGUCACCUACAAGGGUCCUGAAUGCGUGCUUGAUCCGGAUCCGAGAGCCCCGGAGCUUCCAGCUGACUUCGACACAGAGGAGUUUUUAUCUUCGCACUCUCAGACCGGCAGCGGGUCGCAUAAGGCGCUGCUGAACAAGUUCAACCGCCUCGCAGCGGCCGGAAAGACUGUCGAGCUCGCCAAGCUGCUUGUGCAAUACACACGUGUCGAUAAAAGGGCCAAGGCCCGUACGGACAGGGAGGUCUACAACCUAAUCUGCCAGACCGCUGGCGUUGAGGAGCGAGAAGGCUUCCCAAAAUUCAAGGUCGACGUUCUGCACGCCAUCAAACUUCGAUGGUUCUUAGCCUACGUUGCGGACUGCAUGGUCCGCGCGUAUCGACUGCCGGUCCCCUGCGGCGUACGCUGUCUUAUGAGGGACAUGCAAUUGUGGGUGCCUAUGAUAUCUGCGAAGGUCUGCGACUGGGAAGUUCGCAUGACACGUAUCAAUCGCCUUUUCGAGGACAAGGGCGACCUUCACCCACCCGUCGAGGAUUUGCAAGGCCGUCGCUUCCAGCGCUUCCCAGAUUACUUGGUCUUCGCCCUCGUUGAGGCCAAGCUUUCGGUGGCGCGUGAGAAGUUCAUUGUCGACAGUUUGUUCAAGUUCAUGAAGGUGUUUGAGAAUACGACCGUCCCCACAGGCGUCAAAAUGUCGACCAAAGACCCCAAUCUCCGCCAGCCACUCCCACUGGCGCUGAAACUCCUCCGCCCGCUGAGCAGGAUACGGAGAUGGAGGAUACAUUUGCUGAUAAAAUAA